AUGACUGCUUCAACACUGAUGCCAAUAUGCUCGAUUACGAAGCAGAUGAUGUGUUUGAUCCUCAAGGAUCUGGAGCGUAACCCCACACCAGCCAUGGUGGAGCGAGGCGAUAUACCUCAGCAACUGUCGGAUGCUUUUCGCCAAUUGGUCUCCCCCGAGCUCAUCGACAACAACGGUCUCCGAAUCGACCACCUCUGCAACAACCAAUCGGGAAUUCGAGACUAUUGGGCCAUGUCGAUGUUCUGGGGCACACAACCGGAAGGGCAAUUCACUCUCGCGGAUGACGCCAAGAAAGCGCUGGACCGGACCAAGUCCCUCCAUUUCCAACCAGGCACACAAUUCUCCUACUGUAACUUCAACUUCCAUAUCCUUGCUCGCAUUGUCGAGCACGUUAGUGGAACGUCUCUUGGAGCACUGCUCUCGGAACGACUCUUUUUGCCCGCUGGGAUGAAAACCGCAACCCUCUGCACAGACAACGCUAAGUUGCCCCCGCCAUGUGUGGGGUACGAAGGCAACGAAUCUUUUGGCUAUAUACCGGCCGUCAACCAAACUCAAUGGUCCGGUGACGCCGGCGUCGUGGCCAGCCUGGAGGAUAUGAUCGCGUACGAAUGCUAUCUGGACAAAGCAUGGGCCGAUCGGGAGAGUGUGUAUCGAGAGAUCGCGAAAGAGCCGCUAUUCGAUGAUGGUACACCAGCUGGGUAUGGAUAUGGCUUGGAACAUAUAAAGUUUGGACAGACUGCGACAAUCGGCCAUGGCGGGGCCAUUCGUGGAUAUCGCCUGCACCGGACCCAAGUACCAACAGAGCGAUUUGCCGUUGUGGCUAUGCUGAAUCACGAAAUAGAUGCCGCAGAGGUAGCUGGGCAUAUCCUUCAGCAAGCUCUUGGUCUCCCUGCACAGCAUGGGCUGCUUUCCAUGCCGGCCCUAAACUGGGCGGGAGUUUACUUUGACCCGGAGGCACAAUUGGUGGUUGAAGUUCGGCUUGGGGGACCAGGAGAAGUCAUCGUUACGUAUACGGGCGAUGAUGAGACACUGAAGCUCACUGAGGAAUUUGAGGCACGGUCGGACCUGGCAACUGCCACGCUGUGUUCCGACAUCCUCAUACUCCACCGUAAUUACGACAACCGUCACAUCCAGGCUAAACGGAUUAUUGCUGGUCAACAGCCGCCCAAGGGCGACUAUGUCGGCCGAUACCACUGUGCGGAAAUUGACUCCACGUUUCUAUGCAGCGGAGCCGGUGGUAUGCUGUACGGAUCGUUCAAGGGAUUUCUCGGCCACGGGCCUGCUGAGCUCAUGCGAUACCUGGGAGACGACAUCUGGUUUCUCGUAUGCGCACGAGGCCUAGAUGCGCCAGCACCGGGGAACUGGACUGUUGUAUUUCAACGGGACAUUCAGGGCGAGGUGGUCGGUGUUACGUUCGGGUGUUGGUUGGCCAGAAAGAUUACCUUUGUAAAGGACAGAACCCCUUGGAAAUUGGAUUAG